AUGACGGGCUACAUCGUUGCAUCACUGCUUGAGCUAGGUGUCCUUGCCACGAAUCAGGUCAUCACCAAUGCUCGGUCUUGCUUGAGGCUUGUCGUUAGGAACCUGGGAAACACUUACACGACUGCUCUGCUUGCCUACACCUUCAGUCUGGCUGGAGAGACCAGCACUCGAGCACAGCUUUUAACUGCCUUGAACAACGUUGCUAUUUCUGAAGGCAACAAGCUCCACUGGUCUCAGACGUCAUCUGGUGACACUCUGGCAGUGGAGAUCAGCUCGUAUGUGCUGCUAGCGGUUCUCUCUGUACAGCCUCUCACGACCACUGAUCUGAGCUAUGCUAACCGCAUUGUCAACUGGCUUGUGGCCCAGCAGAAUCCUUAUGGAGGCUUUUCCUCCACCCAGGACACUGUGGUGGCUCUUCAUGCUCUGUCUCUGUUCGCCGCUAAAGUGUUCAGCCUGGAGGGCUCCAGCACUGUUACUUUACAGUCCUCUAUGGCAGGAGAGGUCGUAAACUUCAUCUGCUUGACUUCUACCUCUAUGCUUGUCCCAGUUAUUGUCACUUUUUCCAGAACACUUGGUGUUGAAGUGAAGGUGGCAAGAGACUGCAGAGUGCGUGGAGCUGAUCUCAUGCUGAACAUUACUGUGACGUAA